UGGUUUGUAAUAUUGUCCUUGAGUAGAGACUGGCGCAGCAGGUCCCAAGGUUCACCCCUGCCCGGCGCCACAGCACGCAGCAGCCACUUAAGCGGGCGCCUCAGUGCCUGGCAGACGUGUGUUGUAUCCUCGUGUGGGGCAAGACAGGUUCUCGGCGUGAUGGUGGUGGUGGAGGUGGAGGAGUCCCUGGUGGAGCGUUACCAGAGGGACGGCGCGGUACUGGUCCCAGGCGUGUUCAGCGAUGCUUGGCUGGACAAGGUUCGCCGCGGCAUCGCCCGGAACCUGGCUCACCCUUCCCAGUACAGCGAGAAGCUCACGGGCAGCGACGGGGGAGGUGCUUACUUCAACGACUACUGCAACUGGGGCUGGAUCGAGGAGUUCAAGGAGUUCGUGUUCCACUCCCCCGCCGCCGCCCUCGCCGCGCGCUUCAUGAGGUCAUCGCAGGUGUCUUUCUACCACGAGCACGUCCUCAACAAAGAGCCGGGCAGCAGCAAACGGACGCCCUGGCACCACGACCAGUCCUACUACCCUAUCGACGGGGACCAGGUGUGCUCUCUGUGGAUGCCCGUGGACCCCGUGCCUCGUGACGCCUGUGUGCAGUUCGUGGCGGGGUCGCACCUUUGGCCCCGCUGGUUCAUCCCUCGCAAGUUCGCUACGGAGCACAACUACCCGCUGAAGGACGCGAGGGAGGCGGAGGACUCUGGAGAGCGCCAAUAUUACGACGUCCCCGUGGAGGAAAUCGAGGCUGGGAAGUGGCCGAUCCUACAGUGGGAGUGCAAGCCCGGCGAUGUGGUGGUGUUCCACAUGCGGACCCUGCACGGGGCCUCCGGGAACCCCUCCGCCUCCACCCACCGACGAGUGCUCUCCACGCGGUGGCUCGGUGAUGACGCCGUGCUGGCCACUCGGCCGUGGCAGGUGUCCCCCCCAGUGACGGGCGGCCUCCUACCGGGCCAGCGAGCCGUCUGCGACACCUUCCCUCGCGUGACCUUCACCUGACCAGCCAGGGGACGCAUGCACGACGGCACCGCCUUCCUUAUGGACACUGCACACUGGAUGCUCAGCUUUUCAGGGCUUGCACACCCAUGCUUGAUAAGGCUUUUGUAGAGGUUGUGUUAGCAUUUCCAUGGAUAGUUUUAUGAGCCUAGGGAUAGUUUGGCAAGGCUUUCGCACCAUGAAUGUGGAAAACACUCCUGAGAACCUGACUAAUUGUGGCCUUUGGAUAAUUGUUGUGAGGGCCGAUUGUGCACACCAAAAGUGGUCUAUGAGCUUGGAUUUAGACUAUAAAAAAAUGUUAAGUAAA